CAAAAAAUAAAAUACUCGUGUAUCACAGCCUGUAUACUCUGAAACAUUGGGAUCUGAUCUUACAUCAUCAUCAUCAUUCGAUUCGUAUAAUUAUAGAUAUAUAAUUCCUAAUUAUUCCUCAGAUACAAUUGAUAGUUUCAAAAUAGUUUCGUAGAGCUUUCUUUCUUGUGGUGAAUGGAAACGGGUGUCGGUUAGCUUUUCAAUUAUACAUAUUUCGGCACGGCGAGACAUACACACACUAUAAUGUUUAAGGGACUAUUCAAAAGUCAGGCUGAAAGUCAGUCAACUAAUGAAUAUGAGAUGGUAAAUCAGGCUGAAAAUCAAUCAUCGUCACAAUCAGGAUCAAUCAGUACUCCGAGCCCCAAUAAUGGAUCUGAAGAAAAUGUAUAUAGUACCAACUAUGAUGAAGAAGAUGAAGAUAACUUUAAUGAUAGUUCACGAGAUUCAACAGACUCACAAUCAUCCAAGAUAUUCAAUGACAUAGGAACAUAUGCCAUGAAACAUGAUGAAGAAGUUGAUGAUUUCAAUAAUAACCCUGUAUUCCAAGCAGUACUACAAAAAUAUAAUGGUACUGAUAUACUAGCGAAAAGAAUAUUUGCAGUAUUUGGAAGUAUGGUAUUGUUGCUUUGGAUAAUAGGAAUCAUAGUAUAUCUGAGACAUACAGUAACCCAGAUCAUUGGUGAUUUGAAAGGUCAUACCAAUGUUCAAGUUAGUGGUCAAAAUAUCACGUUAAAUGCAUAUGAUCCAAAUUUUUCAAACGUGACUAUGGAUAAAUAUAGAAAUGGUAAUUAUUAUGCAUAUAGAACAGAUGUAAGAUGGCUUAAUAUAAAUCAAUAUCCUCAAAGUCAUCCAGGUGGUGGUUAUUACCUUUCCAGAGGUCCAUCGAGUACUUUUGUGAUAAAGCAAUUGGAUACUGAUUAUUCAGAAACAGUGAUUGAUGAUAACAAAUUCGCCUAUAGAAAUGAUUUCUUUGAAAUUGAAGAUUUUAUAAUAAACCCAGGUCAUUCCAUUGAACAAUUGAAUAACAAUUAUCAUAUGGUUACUUCAGACAAAGUUACUCAAUGGAGACAUCUGUCAUUUGCAUUAUAUUGGUUACUUAACCCUAUGACAGGAGAAUUCACUCCUAUCCAACCACCUAAAAAUGAAAAGAAAUUAAAAGAUCCUAAUAAUAUACUUAAGGAAGAAGUAUUGGAUAAAUUGCAUUUUGCUCAAUUUUCUCCAAAGGGGGAUUAUAUUGUAUAUGGAUUUGAUCAUGAUUUAUAUCUUAUUGAUCUUAACAAUAAUAUGGAGACUACACAAAUCACCAACACUGGUUCUCCAAACAUUUUCAACGGUAAGUCAGAUUGGGUUUAUGAAGAAGAAGUAUUUGCUACUGAUAAGCUUUUCUGGUGGUCUCCUGAUGAAAGUCAUUUAAUAUUCGCAUCUUUGAAUGAUACUUAUGUGGAAUCAUAUGAAUUGGAUUAUUAUGUGAAAGAUCGAGUUGAAGUUGGAACCCAAUAUAAAGAACUGGAUGAACAUAUGUAUGAAGGAGUCAAUCAAUACCCUAUAAAGACAUCAAUCAAGUAUCCAAAACCUGGAACUGCCAAUCCUAUAGUUUCACUUUAUAAAUACACUAUAUCAGAAAAAUUAUCGGUAAAACUUACGAAUAAUAAUAAGAAUGUGGGUGAAGAUUUUAUAUUAUAUGAUGCUGUAUGGGUUGAUAAUGAAAACUUUUUAAUGAAACAAACUGAUAGAACAAGUACUAUCCUUACCAAGAAAUUAUUACAAGUUCAUAAAUCAAAUGAAAUUAUCGAAGUUAAUUCUAUUAAUGUGGCUGAUGCUUACAAUGGUUGGGUUGAAAAACAGUAUCCAAUUGCAAUUAUAAAUAACGGCGAUGGUAAUGAAAAUAAGUACAUUGAUAAAGUAGUGGUUAAUGGUAGAACUACAUUAGCAUUAUUUGAUUCUGCUUCAAGUAAGGAAUAUUCGAAAGUGUUGGUGAACAAUGAUAAUUGGGAUGUUCUUCCUGCAUCACCAGUUGUGUAUGAUAAACAAGAAAAUUAUGUUUAUUUCUUAUCAACUAUCAAGAGUUCAAUGGAUGCCCAUUUACUGGCUAUUGAUAUGGCUAAUGCUGAUUAUAAAUUAAUCUCCAUAACCAAUCAUGAUGAAGAUGGUAGUUAUGAUGUCAGUUUUAGUGAGGAUGGUCAAUAUUUGAACUUAUACUACAAGGGUCCUUUACAACCUUGGCAAAGAUUAGUUAACAUGGGUAAGAUUCAUGAUAUAUUAAAAGAUGAAUCUGUUGAUUCAAAUAUUGAUGCCGUCAUCAAGAGUGAGCCAAUUAUCAAUCACUUUUCAGUAACUUCCAAUCAUUUAAAUAAGGUGAAUUUGCCUACCAAGAUUUAUAAGACUAUCCAAAUUGGCAAAUAUGAUGAUAAUUCACCAAUAAAUAUCAACGUUAUAGAGAUUCUUCCUCCUAAUUUUAAUCCUGAAAGAAGUGGCAAGUACCCAAUUUUAGUUCAUGCUUAUGGUGGACCUGGAUCACAAACAGUUGAAAAAGGAUUUGAUAUUGAUUUUCAACAUGUGGUUAGUGCUACAUUAGAUGCAAUUGUCUUAAUUGUGGAUCCAAGAGGGACAGGUGGUCAAGGUUGGAAAUUCAGAGCUUUUGCUAAAGAUAUGAUUGGAUAUUGGGAACCAAGAGAUAUAACUACCUUUGUAUCUGAUUAUAUUAAAGUGAAUAGUCAUUUUGUUGAUAAAGAAAAAGUUGCACUUUGGGGUUGGUCAUAUGGAGGUUUCACUACAUUGAAGACACUUGAAUUUGAUGCUGGAUCUGUAUUUAAAUAUGGAAUGGCAGUUGCACCUGUCACUAACUGGUUAUUCUAUGACUCUAUUUAUACUGAAAGGUAUAUGAAUGAACCAAUUGAUAAUGAAAAUUAUCAAUUAUAUUCCAGAAUCAACAAUAUUAGUUCAUUACAAAAAUUAAAGAGAUUCUUACUCAUGCAUGGUACAGCUGAUGAUAAUGUGCAUAUUCAAAAUCUGUUAUGGUUAUUGGAUAAAUUGAACAUGAAUCUCGUCGAGAAUUAUGAUGUUCAUUUCUUCCCUGAUAGUGAUCAUGGUAUUUAUUAUCAUAAUGCACAAUCGGUAGUAUACGACAAGCUCUUACAUUGGUUAAAAGAUGCCUUUUCUGGUAAAUUUGUGGAUUUUAUAUAGACAAAACAAUGUAAUUAUAGUAUUUAUUUAUCAUAAAGUAACAGAACAUAGCUUUAGUGUAGUUUAUAAGUUUUGCAAUUUGAAUUUCUCAUUUUGGUAUAUACCUCUUUUGAGGAAGUGACACAAAAUUAAAAAAAAAAAUAGAUGGUCUUCACGACUUUUUUUUUUCACUCAUCGCUAAGUAUAAAAAAAUUAAAAAGCAGUUAUAGUGAUAA